AAAAAAAAGCAACUUUAUUGUACGUGUGCUCCAUGGGCCAACGCUGGCCGCUGGAACGGGCUGCGAUCGAAGUUUUGCAAAAAAAAGUUUCUUUUCGUCAGUACCAUUGGUUUGAGCCUCUGUUCCUUUGAAUCGCCUUGGCACUUGGCUCUUCGUUUUCUGUACUACGAGCCGUGUGGUUGUCUCGCGCGGCAUGCCGGAAGUUAUAGCUUGUCUUUUUUUUUACGAAAGGGAACUGCAUACAUCUCACGGUCCGCUGGGUGGCCGGCUUAUAGUGUCUGCAUGUUUAGAACCGGUCUCCGCUCUUCUCAACUAUCCACGGAGAGAAAGUGCAAAGUAAGAGGGAGGUUUGUUGAACGCCAUCUAGGGACCCGCAACCACCACGUCUUGGACGGGAAAACGGGGAGAAUAGCAGCGGGAGAGAGAGAGAGAAGCUAUGGCUUUUUAGUUGACGACCAAGAGAACUUUGGCAGGUCGAGGCACUGGUCACUGCUUCCUGGUGGUCGCUGCUGCUUGUCCGGUGCCCUUGACCAGUCGAAGAAACGUCCAUCUCAGAGACCGACUCGCGUGGGGAACGGUGGACCGACAGAGACGGUUGCUCAAAGAAAGGAACAGCGACGAUCUCGUGGCAUUUCAGGGGAAGCGCGGGAGGGGGGGGGGAAGGGGAAGAUCAAUGGAUUGCUCUAA